AUGUCGACUGUCUCAGAGGACUCUACUCCCGAUGGGCAGUCCCAUAGCUCGACGACCCACGCUCAAGAAGAAGAGAUUCCUCAGCCUCCUCCUGAAGACGUCUGGAACCCUCCAGAUUCAGAAGAAGAAUGGGAUUCCCGUUCCCGAGCUGCAUCGGAUGACGAUGGCGAAGAUGAAUCUUCCGUCAGAUCUCAGGAAGAGGAUGAAUCAAACACCAAGACAGGCUCGGUGGAAGCCACGCAUCCAACCCUCGAACAAGCCAGAUCCAAUCUGCGGACUCUCAGUUAUGUCGAAAUGGCUGAUGAGGAGUUAGGAGACGGUCAAGCUCGGAGCUUUGAUUCAAGGCGGCCUCGAGGCCGUCUCGCCAGCCUCGACCUACCCACCAUACCUGAGGAUGAGGUCUCUCGCGAAUCCUCCGUAGUUCGAUCAGUCCAGUGCAAUGAAAGCGACUCGGGCUGA